GGGCUAAGAAGCGCCGCGUCACGUCCGGCCGAGUUAGAGCCCGUGUGGAGGCGGUACGGAGCGCUUCGGCUCUGUGGGGCUCGGAAAUCGGUGCGUUCUCCGAGGUUGCGGCGGAGCCUCUUUGAAGAAGGCGCAAGAGGUUGGCAGCUUCGAUUGAAGCACAUCGAGCGGCGACAGCAGCCAGGAGUCAUGAGCGACAGCGGCGAGCAGAACUACGGAGAGCGGGAAUCCCGUUCUGCUUCCAGAAGUGGAAGUGCUCACGGAUCGGGGAAAUCUGCAAGGCAUACCCCUGCAAGGUCUCGCUCCAAGGAAGAUUCCAGGCGUUCCAGAUCAAAGUCCAGGUCCAGAUCUGAAUCUAGGUCUAGAUCCAGAAGAAGCUCUCGAAGGCAUUAUACAAGGUCAAGGUCAAGGUCCCGCUCCCAUAGACGAUCCCGUAGCAGGUCCUACAGUCGAGACUAUCGCAGAAGGCACAGCCACAGUCAUUCUCCCAUGUCUACUCGCAGGCGUCAUGUUGGGAAUAGGGCAAAUCCUGAUCCCAACUGUUGUCUUGGAGUAUUUGGGUUGAGCUUAUAUACCACAGAAAGAGAUCUGAGAGAAGUAUUCUCUAAAUAUGGCCCCAUUGCUGAUGUGUCAAUCGUAUAUGACCAGCAGUCCAGGCGUUCAAGAGGAUUUGCCUUUGUAUAUUUUGAAAAUGUAGAUGAUGCCAAGGAAGCUAAAGAGCGUGCCAAUGGAAUGGAGCUUGAUGGGCGUAGGAUCAGAGUCGAUUUUUCUAUAACAAAAAGACCACAUACCCCAACACCCGGAAUUUACAUGGGAAGACCUACAUAUGGCAGUUCACGCCGUCGGGAUUACUACGACAGAGGAUAUGAUCGUGGCUAUGAUGAUCGGGACUACUAUAGCAGAUCAUACAGAGGAGGAGGUGGAGGAGGAGGAGGAUGGAGAGCUGCUCAAGACAGGGAUCAGAUUUACAGAAGGCGGUCACCUUCUCCUUACUAUAGUCGUGGAGGAUACAGAUCACGUUCCAGAUCUAGAUCAUACUCACCUCGUCGCUACUAAAGCAUGAAGUUGAAGACUUCCAGAAACCUGCCCUAGAGCUGGGAUAUUGUUUGUGGACAAUAUUUUUUAUUGUCUCCUGUUUAAAAAGUGAACAGUGCCUAGUGAAGUUAGGUGACUUUUACACCUUUUAUGAUGACUACUUUUGGUGGAGUUGAAAUGCUGUUUUCAUUCUGCAUUUGUGUAGUUUGGUGCUUUGUUCAAAGUUAAGUGUUUUCAGAAAAGUAUGUUUUGCAUGUAUUUUUUUACAGUCUAAAUUUUGACUGCUGAGAAGUUUCUAUUGUACAAAACUUCAUUUAAAAGGUUUUUCUACUGAAUCCAGGGUAUUCUGAAGAUCGAAGCCUGUGUGUAAAAUGCUACCAAAUGACAAAAAGCAAAAUAAACAGUUUGAUUUUCACUUUU